GGAUGAUCAUGGCGUUAAGUAAAACGUUUGGCCAAAAGCCAGUGAAAUUUCAAUUGGAAGAGGAUGGAGAAUACUACAUGAUAGGAUCCGAGGUGGGAAAUUACUUGCGCAUGUUCAGGGGAUCAUUAUAUAAACGGUACCCUUCCCUUUGGAGACGGUUGGCAACAGUAGAAGAGAGGAAGAAAAUAGUAGCGUCUUCUCAUGGAAAGAAAUAUCAUGGAUAUACCACUUUAGCUACCAGUGUUACUCUCUUAAAAGCUUCAGAAGUUGAAGAGAUCCUUGAUGGGAAUGAUGAGAAAUAUAAAGCAGUCUCUAUUAGCACAGAACCACCAACCUACCUCAGGGAGCAAAAGGCAAAGCGAAAUAGCCAGUGGGUUCCAACUCUACCCAACAGCUCCCACCACCUGGAUGCAGUGCCUUGCUCUACUACUAUAAACAGGAAUCGUAUGGGCCGAGACAAGAAAAGGACAUUUCCACUGUGCUUUGAUGACCAUGAUCCAGCAGUCAUUCAUGAAAAUGCUGCUCAGUCAGAAGUCCUGGUUCCCAUUCGAUUAGACAUGGAAAUUGAUGGGCAGAAGCUUCGAGAUGCCUUUACGUGGAACAUGAAUGAGAAGUUGAUGACUCCAGAAAUGUUUGCUGAAAUUCUCUGUGAUGACCUUGACUUAAAUCCUCUGGCUUUUGUUCCUGCCAUUGCUUCGGCUAUCCGCCAGCAAAUAGAAUCAUAUCCAACUGACAGCAUCCUGGAAGAUCAAUCUGACCAGAGGGUCAUCAUCAAGCUCAAUAUCCAUGUUGGAAACAUUUCUUUGGUAGACCAGUUUGAGUGGGACAUGUCCGAAAAGGAAAAUUCCCCAGAAAAAUUUGCUCUAAAGUUAUGCUCAGAACUUGGACUUGGUGGGGAGUUUGUUACUACUAUUGCUUACAGUAUUCGAGGGCAGCUCAGCUGGCAUCAGAAGACAUAUGCAUUCAGUGAAAACCCACUGCCGACAGUAGAGAUUGCUAUUCGAAAUACAGGCGAUGCUGACCAGUGGUGCCCCCUCCUGGAGACCCUCACUGAUGCCGAAAUGGAGAAGAAGAUCCGGGACCAGGACCGGAACACCAGGCGUAUGAGACGUCUUGCCAACACUGCACCGGCUUGGUAAACAGCCCCCUCCCGACGAAACUCACGGUUCACAUCCUGGAGAUGGAACCCCUCCCCAUAAAUGACACAAUGUAACGAUUCUAAAUAAACAAAAGUAAAAUUUCUAGGAUUAAACAUUUUGAAGGAGUGGACGGUGGUCCCAGCACCUCCUGAGUCCAUAUCAGAGGGAGCGGGUCACCCAAACAUUCCACAUUCUAAGCAGCAGGGUGCUGCUGAGUUUGGCUCCUUCACACCCCUCCUUCCAUGUACAGAGAGUGACGCAUUAGUGCUACCUGACUACCGGAAGACCUGAGACAGAUGUCCCAAGCCCUCCUUUAUACCUGUGAACGUGAUCUGUAAAGCUUUUUGUGUUUUAUUUUUAUUUUGUAUAGGUGCCUAAUGCACUUGUAGAAACAAAAACAAAAAAAAAAAAAUUUUUAAAUAAAAGUAAUGCUCAUUAUUCUGUAAA